AUUACCUUCCACCCGCAGGACAUAAGAACUCGCCUGUCUUGUCAGAUUUCCCCCAAGAAACCGACCAGUAUACCAACCAAGUGGGAUUGAUACACCAGAUUGCCGUGACGGUACCGGGCUAAUGAUGGCUUCUGAAUCUUCCACAAAGCCGAUCAAGGAAAUUUCAACCCCAGCGCAAUCCAAAAAACCAACUCCAAAGCUCAAGUUUAAAGGACAUGAGGAGAGAAUUUGGGAUUUCGUGUUCCUGCACGACAACAUCCAUAUUGUAAGUAGUUCAGAGGACGGCAUAAUGCGUAAAUGGAACUGCAAAACGGGAUUUGCUGUCGGGAAACCAUGGAAAGGUGAGGGAGGAGACAUAUAUGCGCUGUCGCUUUCACCGAACGGGAAGAUGAUUGCUUGUGGGAGGGUGGACGGAAGCGUUCAGCGGUGGAGCACCAAUGGAGAGAUGAUCAAAGGAGUUUGGACGGGUCAUAGCAAGGCGGUGCGGUCGCUCUCGUGGUCACCCAGCGGAAGUCAUAUUGCUAGCGGAUCCGAUGAUGGAACAAUCCUGAUUCGAAAUGCAGAAAGUGGAAAAGUGAAGGUGGGCCCGAUCAAGACGGAGCAGGAAGGGGUGGAAUCUCUUGCAUAUUCACCUUCGGGUGACAGACUCGCAUCAGGCGGGUUCAAUACAAUUUGCAUCUGGAAUGCGAAGACCGGCGAACCUGUCGUUACCCCCACCAAGGACCUGGGGAACACUGUGACAUCGUUGGUGUGGUCGUCAGACAGCAGUAAACUGUACUCGGCAGCAGGCAGCACCGCACAUGUUUUUGACAGCAAAUCUGGCGAACAAUUCUACCACUUCAACAUGAAACACAGCAGUUUCCUGUGGUCCAUCGCACUUUCACCGAAACAGAAUGUCCUGGCGUGCGUGGGCAACAACGGCGUUGCACAGCUAUGGGACAUAGAGUCCUACCAACCACUCGGCCAGCCAUUGUGCGAGGAUGACGAAUUCACCUUUCGUUGCGUAUCGUUCUCUCAAGACGGGAGAUAUGUAGCAUGUGGCGGAGACGACAAGAAACUCACUCUAUGGAUGGUCCAAGACAUAAUUCCCCAGCUUCCAGCACCCACACUACUUCAACGAAGUGAUAGACAAAGCACACAACAGGAAACUCGGCCCAAUUCCCCAUUAUCAUCGUGCCUUGAUGCUGAUGCUACGGGAGGUGGUGGCUUCAUCGAGGAGGCGUACGAUGACCCGUACAACAACUUCUUCCAGUCUUCACGACAAUCUCUUCCAUCACCAUCGCCACCGCUAUCGCCUGGCUUCCAUUUCCCCUCCUUGUUUUUGGCUCGCCGCUUCUUAAAUGUCAUCUCUCGACAUCGCCCACCGCCAGACGAGUUCAUUCCAAAAGAAUCCUCCAAGCGUAGUUUCUUCAGUCGUCGCGCUCGCUCAAACUCGUCCCUGGAGCUCGCAACCAUGACACCCAACCAACCAGUACCAGGAACGAAAGUGAAACAAAGUCAAGGCGAACAAGGUGAUGAUGUUGAUGAUGUAAGUGCUGUUUCGACUAUCGCACACUGUCAUUUCAACUUGACCGCUGCCAGUGUGGUUCCGCACAUGAUUCGCUCAGCACCAGACAUGAUAAAGGCAAACAGCGAGAUGAUCCUCCCGACAAUGCACAGAACCCACCAUCUUAUAAUUAUAAUCGCACUCUCCCUACCUACAUGUAUAGCAAAGAUAGUCGAGGCCUCUGGGAACGACUAAUGCAGGCUCGAGGCAAUAAUCUCACAUUCGGUUUCCUGCAUUCCAGCACUCCAUCUGCAAAUGCGCCCCGACGCCGAAUACCACUCAAUCCCUGGCACUGGAACUAUAGCUUAUUUCCAGCAGGACAUUUUGGACUUGCCGUUGAUAUUGCUGCUUGCCGUGACGAGGAUAGAUACGGCAUCACCCCUGAAUCUGAUGAGGAAGCGGCUGCAGCCAUGCUACGCACUAAU